GUACCAGAUUUUUAAAUGUCAUUUUGAAAGAAAUAAAGUGUGGUUAAAUAAAUUAUAUCGAUUGCUUUGUAAUAAUAAAAUUCCAAAACCUAAUGGUUAUGGUUAUAGCUAAUGGUUAGUAAUGAUUAGUAAAUAAUGGAAUAUUUGUGUCAUAGUGCAUUAUACGCAGGUACUAAUCAAAUGUUUGUUAAAAAAUAAUUGAUUUACAACUAACAUACUACAAAAUUAAAAUAUUUGCCAGAAAAUCACAAGUCGUAUAAGGGAUCACAUACCAUGCAGUUAGAAGUAGCUCAAGCAGCCUCUGAGAGGUUGUAUCCCGCUUUGUUCCAAUGUUUUGCUGUUAUCAUUAGUGGUUAUAUUGCUGGCCGCCUUAAUGUGGUCACCAAGGCAGAGUCAAAAGGAAUUGCCACUUUUGUGGGCACCUUUGCAUUACCAUCUCUCAUAUUUUUGUCAUUAGCUCAAUUAGACUUUAGCAUUGUUAAUUGGACAUUUUUAAUUUCAAUGCUAUUAGCUAAGGGAGUAGUAUUCUUUGGAGUCGUUAUUGUCACCAUUUUGGUGUCAAAGCCCAUGAAUUUAGGACAAGCUGGAAUGUUUGCAAUAUUUUGCACACAGAGUAACGACUUUGCUUUGGGAUAUCCAAUCAUUAAUGCAAUCUAUGAAAAAACUCAUCCCGAGUAUGCUUUAUAUCUGUAUUUAAUGGCACCUAUUUCUCUGGCAAUACUUAAUCCUUUUGCUUUUGUUUUGCUUGAAAUUAAUAAGCAACGACAAAAUACAGAUCAGUCGGAUAAUACGCAGAACCAAAAACAAUAUGUUAUUAAAAUUAAAAUGCUACUACAGAUUCUCAAAGGAAUAGUAUUCAAUCCAGUAUUAGUGAUGACUGUGUUAGGUAUUAUUGGUAAUAUUGCUUUUAAACACAAACUGUCCAUUUACAUUGAAGGACUUUUAGAGGUUUACGGUCAAGCCUUUACUGCAUCGGCUCUAUUCUUAUUAGGAUUAAGAAUGGUUGGUCAAGUGUAUAGACUUAGAGGGCCUGCAUUAAUAGUACCAUGUGUACUAAUUAUGGUUAAAUUGGUAAUACUACCGGUGGUGAUGAGAGAAUGUGUAUCGGCGUUAAAUGCUGGUGAUAAUCAGACUGAAACAUCAUCACUUUCAACAUAUGCAUUCUUGUAUGGAACCAUACCAACAGCACCAGCCGUGUUUGUAUUCUCCAAUAUUUAUCAGUUGGAAAUGGACUUGAUGGCAUCAUCAAUGGUUAUUUGCACAUUCCUAUCGGCUCCUAUAACAUUCCUCUCCGCACAAGUUAUUACUUUGAAUAAGGACUAUGCUGACCAACUGAAGAAAUUUGGCUUUGACUUAUCAAUAGUGUCUCUAUUUGCUGCUCUUUGGAUCUUCUUGGUUUUCACUGUGACGAGGAAAUAUAAAAGAAUGCCUCACAGGAUUACAUUCUGCUUGAAUAUUACACAAAUACUGCUGGCUAUCAGUAUGAUCUGGGGCGGGCCGCUGAGCACCUACCCGCCGAGCUGGCAGUACGUGGCGCAGCAAGGUUUGCAGAUAUUCUCCACUUACUCCUGUUUACUCUGGACUUGCAUGUUGUCUGUCGGACUACUAACAUUGGAGAGUCGCGGGCCAUGCUUCGUGUUGUCACUGUGGCCGGUGCUGGCUUUCGUGGCGUGGGGCGCGCCCGCGCUCAUGGUGGCCAUCCUGCUGGCCACCAAGCCCACCGCCGGCAUCUUGGACACCAACGCUACGGAUGUCAUACGUCUCUGUCUGCUGGUGUUUAGCUUGACAGUGACGAGCGGUUGUUUGAUCCUGUACAUGCGGUGGCGGCGGCGCGGCGCGGGCUCGCCGCUGUCGGAGACCACCAGCCUCGUCGACAACGCGGAGCCCGUCUCCAACACCUCGCACACGCAGUCCGUUUCUAACAUGGGUUGUUACGGCGCAAUAACAGCGACGCCCUCGCCUAAUAGAAAUGCAAACGGCUGCUGCACCAACGACCCGAGCUGCGAGAGCGGCUUCAUGAAUUCAUCCUCCAGGGAUUUGGAAGACAUCGCCGAUAACGACAGGGAUUGUGGGUGCAAGUGUAUGCACGGUGCUGGUGCUGGGGGUGCUGGUGCUGGGGCCGGGGGUGGGGGUGCGUGCGAGUACGUGAGCGCGCUGGAGGCGGCGGCGGGGCGGCUGGGGCUGCUGCCGGCGGAGCAGUCGCGCGGCCGCGGCGGCCAGCUGCUGCGCCACACCGUGCUCGUCAUCGCAUACAAUCUCACCAUGUUCAUCGGCGUGACGUACACGGGGUGGCGCGUGCUGCGCAAGGAGGAGAGCGGCGUGUACAUAGAGAUCGCGUUCCUGGACGUGGCGGCGCGCGCCGGACAGCCGCUGCUGCUCUGCGCGCUCUUCGGCCUGCGCCCGCAGGAGAUCCUGCUGCCCACACUCACCUACAUCAGGAACAAAUGGAAUGGCGCGGAUACGGUUAAGUUACCGCCAGUAGAAGAGCUCAGUUUCGAAACUAAACACGUGUGCGAGCAGUUCAUCACUCACCACUUGGCGCGUUGUCAGGACGCUAUCACUAAGGAUAUCAGAUGGAGGAUGCGCACACACCGCGGCGUGUUCCGCGGCUCGUGCUUGGUGAGCUGGCUGGUCAGCUCCGGCCUCGCCGCGGAUCAGUUCGACGCGGUCACCUAUGGCCGACACCUGCUCGACGGCAGGCUCAUCUCGCAUCUUAAUAAUACCUAUCACUUCACUAAUAGCCCCCUAUUGUAUAGAUUUAACUAAAUCGACUUCACACUUGGCCAGUACAGUCGGUCAGUAGCGCUGUCAAUCAAUGUCAAUCAACUGGCACAGUGUAAACGCUAACUGACUGGCUUUCGCAACUCUACUAGCCAAGUGUGCUGUGCAUAUAAGAUUUACUUGGAAUGACUUGACUCAUGUCACUAUUACUUUGAAAAAAGAAAAACAAUGGGCAAUAUGCAUGCAUUUUUCUUUUUUUUAAUUUUCGGUUUGGCUUCAUGUGCAUAUUGCCUAUUGUAAAUUCAAAAAAAAAUUGUUAUCUCUGUUUUUAAAGUAAUAAGCGAGAUGGCAACAUUAUUGUAAUACGCGUCAAGAUAACGGUAACUUCGCUAGCUUAGUACUUAGGACAAUUAUAACACAACGACUAAAGCAAUGCUUAUUCGGAUCGAAAAUUGGGCACAUUAUUAGGCACAAAUAUUUACAGAAAAAAAUUAUAUUCUUUAAAAAUAUGUGUAGAGGUGUAGAUUGGCAGAGUAAAAAUUAAAAAAA